AUGAAGAGGUUGCUCUUACUGGCAGUCGUGCUGGGUUUCGCGGCAGCUCAGGACGAACCAAAGUGAGCAUUUUGUGUACUCGAACCAACAGUUCAUGCUCAUCUUUCAGAACCGUCGUCGAACGAGCCAUCUCCGAACCUGGCCUAGACGGCGACAAGUUCAAGAUAUGUAAGUUGUUUCCUCUUUCUCGUUCUCUUUCCGAAACUUGUCGCUUCUUUUUGAUUCCAUUCCGUUAGUAUGUUUGAAGCGCACGCUCGAUUAGUUCUCCCCAUUAUGCAAAUGUUCGUGGUCAUUCAAAAGUCCGUUCCUCCGCCGCUUUUUCACUUUCUUUCCCACACCGGCGACUUGGGCUGCCGUCGUCUUUUGAAUGCCUUCGGGGUGCCUUUUGUUUGAGUUGCAAUGGAUGAGUGACCACACAGUUGGACGGGAAAAGAAGAAGCAGAAUGUUGUAGUAGUACACGUUGAUACUCUUUAGAUGUCGGAACGAUCGACGGAGUGCGCCGAGAAUUGUUCAAUGAGGUGGACGGCGGACAGAUUGAAGUGGCUCGUAAGUAACCGAACGAAUCAGUCCCGGAUCAACUCGAUCGUUUCUUUUGCAGCUGAUAACUCUCCAAACCCACAAGAUCCAUUUGGAGCUUACGAUGACAACAAUGUAGUCUCUGCGGACAACGAGAAACUUCUGUUUGUUCCGAAACCGUACAGACCAGGAGGCGACAAGAAGGAGACCAAGAAAACGACGAAGACUCCAACUACCACUACCACCAGGUAUACUGACCAAGCUAUCAACUGUUCUUAUCAUUUUCGUUAAGACCACCACCGAUCACCACUAUCAGAACGAUUCCAUUCGUCCAGACAACUCCACAAACUCUUGCCGCUCUCCCCCCAGCCCCAAUGUCAGUUUCAAGCUCUUGCCAACUGUUUUCUCACUCUUGUUUUUUUCAGUACUCGUGCCCCAAUCGUGCCAUUCGUGCCACAAACCGUCGCCACACUUGCUCCGUCGUUCAUUCGUCCGCCUGCUCCAACUGCUCCGCCACGUGUUCUCCAACCACAGCAACCAGAGCCAAUCCGUCCAAUUCAACCAUUCCAGCCACAACAGCCACAACCUUUCCAGCCACAGCCACAACCUUUCCAGCCACAGCCACAACCAGCUUUCACCCAGGCUCCGUUCACUCAGGCUCCGUUCACGCAGCCACCUUUCAGACCACAGCCGACGUUUGCCACGUUUGUUACUCAAUUCAACUUCUGCUUUUCAAUCCGGGUCUUUUCAGUCGUCCGCCUCCACCACCACCGGCUCCGGCAACCUCUCCAGCUCCCCGAUUCCCGCCACAGGGUCAGAGUCUCCGUUCUGGACAGUGCCCGGCCUCCAUCUUCUACAUUUCCACCCCAAUCAGUGGACCAUCCCGUCUCACUUUCACUCACUUUGCCGUUGCUGUUACUGUUGACCAGUGCGCCAGAACUUGCCACGAAUUCAAUUGCGCUGUGAGUCUAACUUGUUCAACGGGCUCUUCAUUUCCAUUUUCAAGAUUGCCCACUACAAUCCACUCAAUGGACACUGUGAAUUCAACCCGUCGACUGCUUUCGCGAUCAGAAACGGACAGUGCCCGGCUUGGCCGUCUCUUCAUUACAGAAACAACGUGGUCGCCAAUGAGCCAGUGAGAAUCUUCUGUGUCACUUGCCAGAGACCCAGAAGACGUCCGGUCGGAAGAAGACCGUUCCGUGGACAGGCGCGCAGGGGACAGAGACUCGGAAGAAAGACGUGAGUUGGAGGAAUGCGGCAGAUCCCUUUCCUGCUCAUUUUGACACUUGCUCUCAGCUCAACUACUGACUAAUGAACACUUUUCCAGACCGGCCCAACAAACGAGUCCAGUCACCGAGAAUCAAGCGGUGAGUUUGCAGUUUGUUUUCUUCUGAUUAGGCUAAUACCUUGCAUCGCGCAUUCAUUGAAAUCAAUCAGAGAUCACAGAUGUGCACAGAUCAGAAUGUUGAAUUUCAGACGGAAACAAAGCAGCGUCAGCUCCGUGCCACAUCAUCCGAACACGCCGAAACUUCGGAACGCAGUUCUCAGUUGAACCUGCUCAAGCAGCUCGAAGACUUGCAGUUGUGA